GCCAUCUUGGAACAGAGAAGCGAAAGCAAGGAGCAGGGACACGGGAGAGCAAGAGCCAAGAGGACAAUGGGCGUGAGCCUUGCGCAGGCGGUGGCGGCGCUGAUGGGCACGUGCGCGCGGCGGCUGUCGCGGGCGGCGCGCCGGCUGCACCUGCGGCCGGGCCUCGCGGCGUCCUUCUCCUCGUCGCGCGCCAUCGUGCCGUUCUUCAGUGGAGGCGGAGUCAUCAGGAAGGCGCUCUCGUCGUCGUCCAAGUCGAAGAGGAGGAGGAAGGCGGAGGAUGACGAGCUGAGCUUCCGGUGGGAGGACGGGGUGUGGAGGAAGGAGAUAAUGAUGGGGGAGCGGUGCCAGCCGUUGGACUUCUCCGGGGCCAUCUACUACGACGCCGAGGGCCGCCGCCUCGAGCAACCGCCGACCCCGCGCUCGCCGCUGCGCAGCCCGCUGCCGGCGUCCGUCGUGCUCGCGGCCAACGCCGGAGGGCACUAGCUAGAGGGAGCCGUCGGUUUGGCUACAAGUGUACAUGGAUUCCCUUCCAGUUCAACUGCUACGUUCUCUUUUCCCCCCUGUUUCUCCGUUUGGCGUGUGUGGCGAGUACCAUGGAAAAUUUUAUGGAAAUUUGGCUUCCUCUUCUCUCCAAAAGUUGGCGCGCCUCUG